AUGUCAGCAAACAAAACUCUCGCUGGAAAAGUCGCCCUGAUCACAGGAUCAAGCCGCGGCAUCGGAGCUGGCAUAGCCUUAAAAUUCGCCCAUCAAGGCGCCGACAUCGUCAUCAACUACGUGUCAAAUGCCUCAGCCGCCGAGGCUGUCGCUGAACAAAUUCGUGCCCUUGGUGUGCGCGCCAUCGCGCUCAAGGCGGACGUCUCUCAGGAAGAAGAAGUGAAGGAGUUAUUUGAAGCUGCACACCGCGAAUUCGGUCGCCUCGAUAUUGCUGUUAGUAACUCGGGCAUUGAGCAUUUCGGAGAUCUCUCCGAGGUAAAGGGUAGUGAUAUCGAUGCCGUCUUUGCAGUCAAUGUCAAGGGACAGUACUUUGUCGCACAACAAGCAUAUCGCUUCAUGGAGGAUUAUGGCAGAGUCAUGUUGACUUCUUCGAUUUCAGCCGUCAAGGGUGUCCCUCGACAUGCAGUAUAUGCUGCGUCUAAAGCAGCUGUGCAGGGAAUGACAAAGUGUCUCGCUGUGGAUUUUGGAUCCCGCAAUAUCACUGUCAACUGCAUUGCUGCGGGUGGUGUAAAGACUGAUAUGUACACCGAGAUGUCGGGGAAAUAUAUUCCUGGUGGUGAUAAGAUGAGCCCGCAACAGAUUGACGAGUGCCUGAGCAAGUGGUCCCCACUCGGUCGCCCUGGAGAAGUAGAAGAUGUUGCUGGAGUUGCGUCUUUGAUUGCUAGUCCUGACUCGCAGUGGUUGACUGGACAAACCUGGCAGGUUUCGGGUGGUGCUUAUAUGAUUUAG